AUGUCGGAAACUAUCAUUCCUCAAGAAAUACUCGACACCUAUUUUCCUAAGACAAGUGAUUCACCUACUGAACGUGAUGAUAAAAGAAAAGAAAUGCUGCUUGCACAAAUCAGGCAUCGUGUUGAACUUGUAAAUUUCUGGUCUAUUCCAUCAGGAUCAAAAGUCCUCGAAAUAGGCUGUGGUCAGGGCGAUACAACAUUGGUACUCGCUGCACAAGUUGGGGAGAAUGGACAUGUUGAUGCUGUUGAUCCCGGAGAUCCUGAUUAUGGCUCACCAUGGACUCUCUCCCAAGCCCAAUCUCAACUGAAAUCCGGCCCACUAGGCCACCGCAUCACAUUUCACAACGCAUUCCCAAUUCCCUUUCUCGAAUCACUUCUCUCUUCUCACACUUCCUCCUCAUCCACAAACCAAGACUCAAAACCAUACACCCACAUCAUCUUCUCCCACAGUACUUUCUACUUCUCAUCUCCCUCUCUCUUCCCCCAACUAAUUUCCUACAUCUCCUCACUAUCAUUACCCUCCCCCCAAACCUCAGACUCCACCCCCACUAUCCUCACCAAAGAAACCCAAAUCUGCAUCGCAGAAUGGGAUCUUAGCGCCCCAUCCCCCGCCCAAUUUCCCCACCUCCUCGCAAUCAUGCUUCAAGCCGUCUCAGAAGGCUUCAAAAAAGAAGGAGAAGAAGGAGGUGGAAAUGUAAGAUGUGUGCGCAGCGCAACGCAGAUGCGGAAAGUUAUGGGGGAGGAAGGGUGGAGGGUUGAGAGGGAGAUGGUGAAGGGGGGACGGGGAUUGGAAGAUGGGGUUUGGGAGGUGGGGAAUGUGGGGAGGUGGAAGGAGGGGGAGUUGAAGAGAGUGAAGGAUGUUGCGGGAAGGGAAGAUAGGGAGGGGAAGAGGGGAAAUGUGUUGGAAAUGAUGUAUGAUGUUCUGGAUGCGAGUUUGGGGAAUGUAGAGGGGGGUGUGAAGGGGGUGGAGUCGAUGGGGGUUUGGGUUGCGAGUUUUGUGAGGGAGGGCUUGUGA